UGAGUUGUUUAGUUUGGUUUGGUAAAGUUUGGUUGCAGUUGGUUGCAGGUUUAUUCUAGAUUUAUUACAUUAUUUUUAUUAUUUAUAAAGUAAUUAAUCUUAGUAUAUAAGCGAAAAAUGAGUAGUACAGAUGUGGCAAAUAGUUCGGCUAAAACAAGUGAAACAAAUGGUAAUAUUCAUCAAGAUAAAUUGCCAAAAGAUUGGGUGAAAUUUGACGAUGAGUCUCCUCAAACAAGCGAUCCUCUGUCAGAUCCUAAAGUUUCUUCAGAGAUUCCUGUUUCGACAACUGCAAGUACAUCACAUACUACAUCAUCAGAACCUGCUGCCGUCCUAAAAACUGAAACCGUACACGUUAAUUUAGAGAGAGGAGACAGAAACACAGAACCCGUGACUCAAGCCACUCUCUCUAAGAACGUAGAGUUUGUCAACGUGCGUCAAGGUUUCUCAAAUGGUGACAUAAUAGUAACACUACUCCCUGUAAAUAGUAAAUGGCCAUGGAUAACUGCGGCGCGUUUCCGUCCUGAACUUGUACCUGAGGAGCUGAUGGCUCAGGGCUUAACACUAACUGUUGAAGAAUAUGUACAUGCAAUGGAACUUCUGGUCAAUGAUGCACGAUUUACACUCUACAAUAUUUGUUACAAAAGAGUUCUUGUCUGCUGGAUAACUCUCGCCUUCCUGGUACUGCUGGCGUUGUUGUUCUCUGGACUCACCGGACUGACUUUGUUCUCCCUUGGAGUACUAUGGUUGGUUCUGAAUGCAGCUGCCAUUUUCCUUUGUAUGUGGAUAAAACUUAAACUUUCUAAGGGAUUGGAACAAUGUUUAGGAAGUGUUAACAAAUUGCUCAAUAAACACAAACUGAUACUGGCAUUGGAUGAUAGAGGAAAGAUAUCUUGUCAUAAAGUGAAUUUAUGUUUUAUUUACUUUGACUCGGGACCUUGCAUUGCUCACAUACAGCAGUUCAUUGAAAGUGAAGAGGGCAAAACAAUUAUGGAAGGUUGGGAACAGAGGUUGGAUGUACCUGCCAAUGAUAUUGUGAUUCAAGGAAGCCAGUCAACAAGACUAUCACGGAGACAGGAAAGGGGUGCACUUCUAUUUUUGCGAUAUGCUGGUCGCUGGGGCGCGUAUGCGGUUAAAAAUCGUCUGAAUCUGAGCAGCUCAGUGCCCGGUCGCCACGGUGCGAAAUACGUAUGCCCGUGCCAGUUCAUAGAAGAGCACCUCAAAACGAAACCACCUGCAGGCAUGGCGAAGUUCUUCAUGUUACCCAACCAAAAUGUUCAACUGUACUAAGACAGGUAUAUUAACUGCAGUAUUGGAAUUCCGUCCAACAUUAUUAAUAAUUACUUAUUAUAUUAAUAUGACACAUAUCAUUGUAUCUUCUUAGAUUUAUAGUUACACUUUACCUUAUCUGUACUUAAAAUAGAAGUUUUUUCUUUUACAUAUUUUAACUAUACACAUUUAUUUUAUAAAUCUUUAUUGAAGAUCAUAAACCUAGUGCUAUUUUUAAUAAAUACAUUUUUCUAACACCGUU